AUGGUAGACAGCCAAAGUUUAACCGUCGGACUAGCAGUGGGCAUCCCCUCGUUCGUUAUCAUCUCCGUGGUGCUCCUCUUGUGGUUACGUAAUCAGCGCAAACAAAAGAAGGAAGACUCUGUCAACGACGACAUCGACAUGGACCUCAGAGACGACCAGUCCUUCAACCAGUUCCAAGAAGAACUACAUCGGCCUUACGCAAAAGGGAAAGCCGAACUAAACAUAAACACAUACAGCGACCCCAAUAAGUCGUCAUCAACAACGCAGGGUGAAUCCUCUACAGAAAAACCCUACAUCUCCUCGCAUGGAUCUACAUCAUCCAGCAACAUAAUUGACCAGCCCCACGUCUAUGCGACUCCACCACGUCCUAAAUACAGUAAUGCUAACAACGGCACUAAUAACGUAAACAAUAACAACAUCAACAACUUAAACAACAACUUAAACAACAACAUCAAUAAUACUAAUAAUAUUCAUCUGAAAUCUCCUUCGGCGUACGAUUUCUACGAGACCUUUAUUCCUAUAUUACCAGGAGGAGGUAGUCCCUCCACUAACAACGGCAACACAGCGCACCAUUCCAAUGCGAACAGCGUCCACGAGGCUCACAGUAACGGUAAUUUGCAAAGCCAACUCCAGCAGCCUCCUCAUAUUCACGAUGUUGCGUCUACAAACAACAGCUCUAACGAUAGUUUGAACGGCAACGAUAGAUCGUCUCUAGAUAAUUUGGCUAAACAGUUAACAAGCCCCGUCUUCUUUGAAAAGUUGCCCUCGCGUGCCACCACGGUAGCGUUGAAACCUCGUUUCCCCAACAUGCAAUCGAACAACUCUUCUAGUGAAGGCUUGAACAAUAGAUUGAUCGGCGACACUACUGCUCUCAAUGACAACUUCAUCUACGAAGCACCUACAGUGGAUGUGAAAAAGACAGAGUUGCAGGCCAAAGAUUUCCAGCGCAGUCAUCUUUCACGUGAACAAACAGUGAAGUCUCAUGAAGACGAUGUUUCGUCUAUACUGGCCAGUCACGCUGAAGACGUCGAUUCUUUGGUGGAGCCUGAUGUGUCGAGGUCUUCGAAUGACGACGAAUUCGUUUCGGAUAUCGACACUACCGCCAGUUGA